AUGUCUGCUGCCAGCUGUCUUCUAUCUGAAGAUCGGUUUCUGUGCUCCAUCUGUCAGGAUGUCUUCACUGAUCCAGUCUCCACACCAUGUGGACACAACUUCUGCAAAAACUGCAUCAGUCAACACUGGGAUAUCAGUGAGAGGUUUGAGUGCCCCAUGUGUAAAAAGGUGUUCUACACAAAAACUGAGCUGCACAUCAACAGUUUCAUCUCUGAGAUGGUUUCUCAGUUCAGACUUGAAACUCAGCAGAAAUCCACCAGCAGCAGCAGCUCAGAGCAACAAGCUGCCAAACCAGGAGAAGUUCCCUGUGACAUCUGCACUGGAACCAAACUGAAGGCUCUGAAGUCCUGCCUGGUGUGUCUGGCCUCCUACUGUCAGACUCACCUGGAGCCUCAUCUGACAAUGAAAGGUCUGAAAAGACAUCAGCUGAUCGAUCCUGAGGAGAACCUGGAAGGCAGGAUGUGUAUGAAACAUGAUCAACCUCUGGAGCUGUUCUGUAAGACCGAUCAGACAUGUGUCUGCAUGCUCUGCUCUGUUAUAGACCACAAGACUCAUGAGUUUGUUCCUCUGAGAGAAGAAUAUGAAGGAAAGAAGGCAGAGCUGGGUAAAGACAUGAAGAAGCUGUUUGAGGCUGAGCUGAAGAGGGUCCAGCAGUAUGCAGUGGAUGUGACUCUUGAUCCUGAUACAGCACAUCCUAAACUCAUCCUGUCUCGUAAUGGAAAACAAGUACACUGUGGUGAUAGAAGGAAGAAACGUCCAGACAACCCAGAGAGAUUUCUUGUGUUUCUUUGUGUUUCCGGAAAGCAGAGUUUCUCUUCAGGCAGAUUUUACUUUGAGGUUCAGGUUAAAGAAAAGACCAGAUGGAUAUUAGGAGUGGUCAGAGAGUCAGUUAACAGGAAGAAAAAAAUCACACCGAGUCCCGAGAAAGGUUACUGGACUGUAGGAGUAUAUGAAAACAUUUGUGUAGCUUUUGAGGAUCCUGAAGUCCGUCUUCCUCUUCAGUCUGGUUUUGAGAAGGUGGGGGUGUUUGUGGAUUAUGAGGAGGGUCUGGUCUCCUUUUAUGAUGCAGAUCAUGCAGCUCUUAUCUAUUCCUUUACUGGCUGCUCCUUCACCGGGAAACUCUACCCAUUCUUCUGUCCCGGGGUCAAUGAUGAUGAUAACUCUGCACCUCUGAUCAUCUGUCCUGUCAAUCAGUCAGUUCGAUCUUUCUACAUGAGGAAAUGUGAAUAA